AUGAACACGAAUCCAUUCUCAUCCAUAACCACCUCCUGUGCAUUAAUGCACCCGUUUCAGUGGUGUAACGGUUCUGAGGGGAUGAUUGUGUCCGAAGGACAGGAAAUAAGGCGGCAGGAAGCUGCCUGCCACAGUGUAAGGACCGACGUCACUGGAGCAAGGGGAGCAGAGUUCAACAUAAUGGUAUUUAAACUACGACACCAUGCCCAUGGUGAGAGGUUUGGCUACAGAGAGGUUGUUUUGAAAGGAGAUCCUAAGAAGUUGAAUCUCCAUGGGCAGACGUGUGCUGUCUGCCUGGAAGACUUCAAAGUCAAAGACGAGCUGGGUGUGUUGCCAUGCCAACAUGCCUUUCACCGGAAGUGAGUACCAAAUUAGGAGGCAGGAGGUCAACAUCCAUUCAUUUCUACAGUCAGCACACAGCUCUUGGGGGUUUUGAAUGGAGUGAUUUCACUGACAUACCAACCGUUAUUAAAUGUUUCCAGGUCACAGGAAGACAGUACUUGCAUGAUUAGAGAGGUAUCUCUGGUAACGAUUGCUUUAGGUGCAGGGAUGGGUAACUCGGAUUAAUUUCCCUAAAAUUUGGAACUCAGUCAGUCUCAACAUACUGUUUUGAGUUAGAAUAGUAGAAUACACAAGGUGAAAUUUGGUUAUGCAUCAGCAGUUUUUCUCUUCUUAUGUCAGUCACUUACAGUCAGUAAAUUAGCCCAUGUCAGCUAACAUUUUUUUGAUUUCUAAGUUAGUUUAGCGGCCAGCUAUCUAAACUUGUUAUCAUGGUCGAAUUACCGGCUGGAGGGCCCGCAUUAAUUUUGUUUCUCAGUCUCACUCAGAUAUCCUAAAAAUGAUGUGGGUACGCAGAUCCGCAAGCAACUGCGGCCCUUCAUAAUAAGUUAUUUUUUAGUCCCCACUUCCGUCAAAGUUACCCAUCCCUGCUUUAGUAUCCCAUUUCAAGCCCUUUGAUGUGAAACGUUGUUUUUAUUUCUCAGAUAUUCUCUAUUUUUCUGGGAUUCCAUUUGUGAUGAUUAGUUGCAACAUUUGUGAUGUAAUAAAUUACACAGAAUUUUUCAAAUGCACCCUUUGUGAUGUCAUCAAUUAGACAGAAUUUUACAGGUGCACCCUGUGUGCAGCCUGGUCUCAUAGACUAGACAUAACAUGUAAAUGUAAAUCCAGGACACUCAAAUUAGUAUGAUAUGUUAUGUUUAGUAUGGUUACAUAAGACAGAUGGUUACUUAAGGCAAAAACAAAAGUAGGGUUGUUGGAUGAGGGGGAUUAUAAUGCGAAUGUCUAGCAACUCGAAGGCUGCAAAUUUUAAACUCGUUACGGACUUUUGAAUUACGGACUUUUGAACUUUUGAAUUUGUUUCUUAACACCCGCUCACUUAACCUGGAAGCCAGCUGCACCAAGGAGGAGGAAACACCAUUCAACUGACGCCCAAAGUCAGCCUGCGGGUGCCCGCUAGAGCACGAUGAGCCAAGUAAAGCCCCCCGGCUAAACCCUCCCCUGACCCAGACAACAUUUAACGCUGGGCCAAUUGUGCAACGCCGCCCUAUGGGACUCCCGGUCACGGCCGGUAAUGACACAGCCUGUAGUAACGCCACAACACUGUGAUGCAGUCCCUAACUUUGUUUUUCUAACUUUAGAUGAUAAUGUUCCACCCAUUGUUCUUCAGCCAGUACAAUCCAUCUCUUAUCUACAAUAAUCACAGCCCCUCUCUUCUUUUCAACAACAACUGCUCAGUCUCCUUAUGACAUCUGGGUGUGGAAAUCCCUUCAAAAGCUGUGUUCACACAGGAUACCUGUGUAAAUGCAGCCAAAAAGGCAUAAUACAUUACAUUGGGUUCUUUAUAUGAUACUUAUACAUUGUGUCUUUCUGCAACAGGUGAUAAGGAAGGGCGCUGGAUUCUGGAGAGAUCUUGGGUUUGGAAAGUAUAGGUCUGAUUUCAUCAACAUAGGUAAUAUAACAAUAUGUUUUUUCAUUGACUGACUGACUGACUGACUGACUGACUGACUGAUUUAUUUAUUUAGCCAAUUUGAAUCUGUGAUCUGCACAGGUGGGUUUGACCGGAACACCAAAGGCUGAGGUUUGGAGGAUGUUCACCUGUACAGAAAGUACAGAAAGUACCUGCACUGCAAGCUGAUGGUGAUUCACUCUCCCUCCCGAGGCCUCUUCCACCUGUGGUAUGAGAAGCAGUGUGCAGAAGAGCUGCCGCCAGACAAGUAUAAGAUGUGUAUGCAGACCAAGGCCAUGAGUGAGGUCUCUCACAGGCACCUGGGGAGCUGUUCUUCACACAGGAGAUCCAGGAGCAUCUGAAGAGGUAAAAACUAGAAACUGCCCCAUAACCACAUAUCUAAGAUCAGACUACCCUACCGCUUAUCCUAAACUUAACCAUUAGGGGGUUACACAAUAUCUGACCCUGGACCAGUGGUUAGGGUAAUGAAAUCAAAACACCUGGAGAGGAGAGACAUCCUCUGGGUUUUGUUGAGAGAACAAUGUCUUUCUCCUUCUACAGACUUAACACAGGGCCUGACGAGGGAGAGUAUAGGGAUGAGACAUGAACUUUGUCAUGACAUGACAGAAACUUGAUUGAAUUUUUUUUAAAUGGUGAUGUUAUGUAGGCAUACUAACUCAUUGUAUGUCCUCUAUUGCCACCUUCUUUCCUGUACUGAGUCUGAAAGCAGGGAGGUCAGAAUAAUAUUUUACUGUCUUUGUUGUAUUGAGACUGUCAGCUUCAGAUUAUGCCUGCUAUGGACUUUCAACUCAAUGAAAAUAAUAUUUUACUGUCUUUGUUGUAUUGAGACUGUCAGCUUCAGAUUAUGCUGCUAUGGACUUUCAACUCAAUGAAAAUAAUAUUUUACUGUCUUUGUUGUAUUGAGACUGUCAGCUUCAGAUUAUGCUGCUAUGGACUUUCAACUCAAUGAAAAUAAUAUUUUUUGCUUAAUAACUGUGUCUGAAUAUGUAAUACAAGGUCAUAAUGUUUUACAGUUUUUAGUUAUAUGAAUUGAAAUAUGAAUUUAGAGAAACAGACUGUCUAAGCAUAUUCAUAUUUAGGCCUACGGUACUUCCCUCUUCUUAAAACUGGUGGACACUGAAUAAAAUAUCCUGGCAAAUAAAUGACCACAUUUGGAUACAUAAGUACAGUGGGUUCCCAAACAUUAUGUGUUAACCAUCUAAUAGAUAAAACCAUGUUUGUAGCCACAACCCAAGCUUUACCCACAAACCAAGAGGAACUGGCUGGGACCCAACCAACCGACCUGGAGCCCAUAACUUGGAUAGGUCAAGUAGUUAAAAGAAUGCUGUAGUUAAAAGAAUGCUGAUGGCAUGCACCAUCCUAGCCUUUUAUAUGAUUUGGGCAUAGAUGAGCAAUUGCAGAUACGUCAGUAUUUGUGGUGUUUCUGGUCUUGCAUUAAUAAA